UUUGGCGUUGUGCAAAUAAAAGACAUUAUUGGCACUGAAACUACCCGAAUAAACGAAAAAACUUCCCUACAUAACGUCCCUUCCCUUGAAAAUUUAUUUUUGGUUCGCCCUAUUUUUUCAUUAUUAUUUUCCCUUUUUUUUUGCUGACUCGUAUUCUUUAAAAUGUUUAAAUUUUUUUGAUAAUUUUAAGAUCAUUUAUAUUGGUUAUUUUUUUGUUGACUUUUAUUCCUUAAAAAUGCGGGAAAUAAUUACAAUAAUGACUGGCCAAUGCGGGAACCAAAUCGGGACAAAGAUGUCAGAGUAUCAACACUACCAAGAUGCGCCAGCUGAUAAAGAACGAGUUGUAGUUUAUACACCGAAAAAAUGGAAACAAACACGUUUAAAUUCAUCGGUUGCUGAUCCUUUUUUUGCCUCUACUUUUCAACAAUUUAUCGAAAUGAGAUUACAAUUUCAUUCUGGACCCGCUCUACUUAAUUUGCGGGGUGGGCCAUUUUCUUCUUCUCCGAAUAUUAUGAUAAAUCAACAGCAACAACAACCAAAUCUUCUACUUCGUCAAAUUACUCUUGAAGAAGCCAAAGAAAAUGCUGGAAGUUAUCAUGAUGAUGAACAUUCAACAUUUGGAGUUCAAAUGGCAAUGAGUGGAGCGAGUAUGCCUAACAGAGAUUAUGACAUUACUCCAGUCCGUGGUGGCGGCAGUGAAGAUACUUCUGUUAAAGGAAAUCGUGACAAUAAUGAAGAGAAAUGUGAGGUUUGUGGUGAGCCUGGAGCUGGCAAUCAUUAUAAUGCAAAAACAUGUGGAGCUUGUGCAAUGUUCUUUAGUCGAGCUAUUAAGGAUAAGAAAAAUUUUGAUUGCAAGAAUUUCAAACCUUGUUCGUUGAGAUUUGGGAAGAGUUACUGCAGUUUCUGCCGAGUUUGUAUUUUAUUUUUAAUUUUUUAUAAAAUUUUGUUUAGCUUGAAAAAUGUUUGUCUGUUGGAAUGGCAUUUGACAGUUGAAUUGGACAGCCCCAUAUUGUGA